AUGGCCAACAAGAACCAUCCCAACAUCGUGCGCCUGCUUGGAUUCGCAGUGGGAGGGGACUUGAGAACACGACCAGAGCACAUCUUGAUCUACGAGUUUGUGCCCAACGGUGACCUUCACAAGUGGAUCGAUCCAGGUAUCUUUGGGGUGCUCAUGCUUGUGGUGCUCACUGGACGCCCUCCAUUCUCGGAGUUUGCUGGGGAGACCAAACACAUCCUCCCGAUUGUAAAGAGCCUCAGGGACCCGCGCAUGGACACCUCUCCUAAGGAUGCGGUGCUGCGCGUGGCUGAGUUGGCAGUGAGCUGCACCGUGGAGCGCACGGCAAGCCGCCCAAGCAUGGCGCACAUUGCCACCCAGCUGCAGGCUGUCAGGGAGGAGGUGGCGGGGAAAGAGGAGCUGGGUGCAGCGACUAAGGUUGAUGCGCAGGUGCAGGAGAUGAAGAAUGCAGUUGCCAACGUGCUAAGCCUGGAUGCAGAGAUUGACCUCAUCGCUCAGCAGUUUUCUUGA